AUGUCAAAGCAGCAGUAUUGUGAACUUGUACGAACAACUAAUCAGGAACAACGGCAUAUCAUCCUUGAGGUUGUACAUCGAUUGCAUGGUUGUGGAGAUUACACUUCUGAAGCAGUUCAAAUUUCCUUCACGGGUCCUGCAGGCUGUGGAAAAACUUACACGUUAAAGUGCCUCAUGGAGACAUACAACCGCUACACUCAGGAGCACAACUGA